UUGUGUUUGAUCUCCACCUACCCCGCUGGCUGGCCAUGGCGAGAGCAAAGCCGCAGGUUCCCGGCACGAUCAUGAAGCCAGCAAACUUUGAACAAAAACCUCCUACACAAAAAGAAAAGAAGAACCCGUUCUGCUCUGGGCCCAUCCCGAGCAAAAGAAAAGAAAAAGCACAGACAACAGACAUAUAGGCAGCCUCUUCUUCGUCGAACCACUGCGGCGCCUUCGACUUCAACGCCGCAGCCACCGCCUGAGUGGAGCCACCAACGCCACGCGCCAUGACCUCCGCCGCCUUCCUCGCCGCCCCCCAAAACUACCUCCUCUCCGCCCCAUCCGUCCGUCCGCAGCCCCGCCCGUCCGCCCGCCUCCACGUCGCUGCCUCCUCCUCCUCCUCGUCGCCUCCCGCUGAGCGCAACCACGCCGCCGCCAGCCUCGAGCGUUGCCUGUCCGCGACCCCAGCGCCGGCCUAUGCGCCGACGGAGAUGAAGGGCGGGAGGAGGCAGCAGCAUGGGGCAUUUGGAGCCGUCACGCUCCAGAAGGCCAAGAUCGACCUGUCGCACAAGAGGCUCAAAGGCGCCCACCCCGAGCUGGCAACCGGUGGUGGUGGUGGGGAUAAUGGGAAAAGAAUUGGCUAUGGUGGUGGUAAUAGUGGAGACGACGAUGGUGAUGAUGAUGAUGAUUACUUCGACGACUCUGAAGAUGGAGAUGAAGAAAUUGGAUUUUUCAGGAGGCGUGUUAUUAUACAAGAGCUUUUUAACAGAGAGUUUGUUGAUGCUGUUCUUCAAGAGUGGUACAAAACUAUAAGCAAUUUGCCGGCUGGCUUGCGUCAAGCUCAUGAGAUGGGUUUGGUCAGUUCUGCCCAGAUGGUCCAAUAUUUGUCAAUGUUUGGAAGGCCUACAAAGGCUAGAUAUUUCUCUCGAGCUUUUCCAAGCUUCUUCUCAAGAGGCCUUGUUGGAAGAAUGCUUGCUGAUCCAUCUUUCCUGCAUAAGAUGACCUUUGAAUUGCUAGCUACCAUUAGUUCAUCUGUUUGGUGGGAGAUGAAAAAUCGUAAGGAGAGGUUCCAACAAGAAUGGGAUUUGGUGUUUCUCAAUGUAUUUACUGCCACAGUUUGCAAUUUAGCUGUUUUCUAUUCACUUGCGCCAUGCCGUUCAUAUAUGAUCCAGAAGCUUCCCAGUAAUAUAUUUGAGAAGAGCUAUCCUAUGAGGCAGUUUGAUCUGCUAAGAAGAAUCCAAUCCCUCUUUGGCAAGGCUGCCGAGCUUUGCCUAGGUGGGCUACUUGCUGGCUCCAUUCAGGGUGGUCUAUCUAAUGUCCUUUCUUCUGGAAGAGAAAGAAGGUUAUCAAUGACUGUUCCUUCUAUCAGCAAAAAUGCUCUUAGCUAUGGAGCAUUUUGUGGGCUUUAUGCAAAUCUGAGGUAUCAAAUGUUAUGUGGACUUGAUAGAUCAAUGGCAAACCAUUUUGAUGUUCUUGGUGUUGCAGUAUUCUUCAGUGCAGUGAUAAGAUUGCUGAAUAUUCAAAUCGGGGAGGUAUCCAGGCGUGUCUGGCUUGGUGAGGAAGCGGAUCUGCUUCACUCGGAUAAUUUGUUGAAAACCUACAAUGGUCCAGCAGCAGAUCUCGCCAUAGAUCAACAACAGAGAGGGUGGUUUAUUUCCAGGAAUGCAAUUGUAUCUGGCCUCGAACUUCUAGGCAUCAAGAAUGGUCCACCUGAAGAUGCACCUCCAAAGCCUCGGAGAAAGAGAAUUGUCCUAAAGAAGUAGGUGGACACCAAAAAUUCCUAACUGGUAUUUGAAGACAAGCUGAGUGCGAUGGUUUUGACACCCAUGCUGGGAACAGUUUUGCUUCGGCUCCACCAGGCGUUUGUGCUCUGCCCUAUGAAACUAGAUGAUGUCCCGCACGUUAUUGCGGAAAUUUUUAGUUAACACAAAGAGUAUUUAAAAUUGAAAAAUAUAAUGAAAUUGAAUAUUUUUCACUUAGUGGAGAUAGCUUGAUGGAAGUAACAUGCAUGCAUGUGCAAAAAUAUGAGUUUUAGAGAAAUCUAGUAGUGGGUUGCUUCUACUUAGAUAUAGAAGAUUACUGGUUUUUCAGUUGCAAUUUGAGACCAAGAUUGGAAGGCUUGCAACUUUUUAGUCAAAGAGGCGAUUCAUCAUGUAGCCUGUAGGCCCUUAAUAUUCUCAUAUGCUGUCUGAACAGAAAUGCACAUCUAAAGUUCUGGCUGUAAUUUGAAGACUGUAAAUACUUCCACAGUGCUAGUACAUAUCAGAAGUUAUAUAUAAA